AAACAACCUCAUAACAUUCCCGAAAAAUAAGCACCCUCUUUCCAUGCUUGUAUAAAACAAAGCAUUCAUUCAUUUCUUUCCAAAUCAAAAUUAAGUUCCACCUCCAAAUCUCCUCCUCACGCCCUAAAAAGAAAAAACCAAAAAAAAAAAGCUUUAGUUUAGUUGAUUAUAUUUAAAAUUAACAAUAUGCCAAAAAUAUUAAUGCCCCUAUCCCUGUUUCUGUUCCUCUUCUUCUUCGCUUCUUUCUCAUGGGCGGAUACCACCGUGACCCAUGAAGAAUCUUCCUCCAAGUCGGAAUCCAGUAGCCAUUCCGAGAGCUUCUCCAAAGUUUACGCCUUUGGUGGGUCCAGCACCGACACGGGAAAUGCUUAUUCCAUGGGAAAUGUGAAAGAAGAGGUUGUUUCUUCUUCAUCCAAACAAUCCUCAGAGACGCAUUCACAAUCUUCUUCUUCUUCCUCCUCCUCAUCGUCUUCUCAGAAGGCCAAUUCGACGUCGUAUUCCCAGGGGCGUAUGUCCAACGGUCAUUUGGUGGUGGACUAUCUUUGUAAGUCUCUCGAUCUCCCCCCUCUCCCUCCUUAUCAGGCCGCAAAUAAUUCUUCAUCGGCGGCGGCGGAGAACGGCGGUGCUAGCAAUUCCUCGUCAAGUAGCGGUAAAAGUUCAUCGUCUUCGUCAAAUAGCGAAUCGAAUGCCUCUUCUUCGUCAUCUUCGGAGUCCAAAAAGGGUUCCUCGUCUUCAAAUACGGGUUCGGGUUCUGCCGAAAGUAGCGGUGGAUCCACAGGAAAAACAAGCGGUUCUAGCUCCGGCGCUUCAGCCGGAGGUAGCGCCUCAUCGUCAAACACCGGUUCGGGUUCUGGUUCGGGUUCAGCAGGUGCUACAACGGAACAAACCGGUUCAACGGCCGGUGGUGGUUCAACUGGUGGUACCUCCUCUUCAUCAAAUACGAAUUCCGGUUCCGGUUCGAGUUCAGCUAGCCAAACCAGUAAUUCAUCUGGCCAAAUGGGUGAUUCCAACGGUACUAGCGGUGGUUCAAAAUCUGGCACUGGCAGUAGCUCUGGUGCACAAGGUGGCUCUGCCUCAUCGUCAAAUACAGGUUCCGGUUCUUCAAGCGGUUCAACCACGCAAACCAGCGGGUCACAAGGAGGCGGUGCAGGCGCAGGCGCUGCGAUUGCGGGAUCUGCUGGAGCGUCAGCUUCUAUAUCCGCUCGUGCCGGAGCCAAUGCCGGGAUUUCUGCGGGCGGAGGAUCUGGUGGCGCUGGCGGAGGCGCAGGAGCACGCGGAGGUGCAACCAUAUCGGGCCAAAUAAAUUUCAGUUUCGGAAUAAACUUUGCGAUUUCGGGGUCAACGAUUCUGGCGGGAAGCAACAACAUCACAAACCCGCUGUUAUGGGCGGGAAAUCCUCUUCCAUUUGAGACGGAGAUUCAGUGGUUUAAGCAGUAUUUGGCAUCGAAGGGGUGCACCGGGACAGGGGACGCACGGUGCAAGGCGGAGGUGGAGAACGCGCUCUUCUGGUUGGGUUCAGUGGGCUUGUCGGACUACUCCCGGGUCGAUACCAAAUCCGUCAUCAACUUGAGAGGCAUUUCGCAGUUAUGUGUUCUUCAUAUUGCUAAACUUCUCCGGGUGGUUCUUGAAGCAGGAGCAAAGUAUAUAGUAGUCCAAGGCCUUCCCCCAGUAGGCUGCCUUCCAGUCGCCAUCGCGCCAUGCCCCUUUUUCCUCCGCGACAGCAACGGCUGCUCCGUCAUUGUAAACACCGCCAUAGACAUCCACAACCGGCUCCUCCUCAAGACCAUAGAGAGCUUCCGCAGACAGUUCCCAGAGAGCACCAUCCUAUACGCCAACUACUGGAGGGCGUUUCAGGAGAUUUUCAACAACCAGCAAAAGUACAAGUUCGAAGAGCGGAGCAAAGCUUGCUGCGGUGGAGGCGGUGGGAGCCUCAACUUUGACUUCAAGUCGUUGUGCGGCUCCCCCAGCUCAUCCACUUGUAAGAAUCCCGACAAGUAUAUGAGUUGGGAUGGGAUUCACUUCACUGACGCCAUGAAUGAGAAACUGUCUGAACUCUUCUUCAAGGGAGAUUACUGUGAGCCACCGUUUUCCCAGAUGGUCGCCAAGAAGAAGGCUAGUGCAAAGUCAUCGUCUUAAGUAACUACACAUUCAUAUCUAGUUAGCUAUAUAUAUUAGGCUAGAUCAGAUAUUAGAAUCCAAGAGUCCAAUUCCUAUGUAUGUAUGCCGUUGUCUGCCUUAUUAGCUAGCUUAGCGCCCCGGAUGGUCGAGAGGCUGCAGUAUAUAUUAGUAUGUAUCAUGUAUAGAGAUCUAAGUUAUACCAUGAAAGCAUUGUUGUAAAGUUAAGCAAUGGAAAUUAUCCUUGUAUCUGUACAUUUUUUCCCAAUGUUCUUAGAAAUUGUAAUGUUAAUGU